CUUAUGCCAACUCCACUCUGGUUCACGAAGGACACAAUGCUUUUAUUACUUGGAAGAUGCCGUUGGUUGAGGACGUAUUCUAUGUAUAUGCCCCUAAACAUAUACUCCUCCUGGAAAUAAACUCUACUAAAGUCUACAUCUGGGAUGCCUACUGGUCGAGAGUCAAGAUGACGAAGAUAACAACAUCAGCUGAUUCUGUCGUCAUCCAGUUCUGGCUACACAGUGCAACAUCAGAGGAUGCGGGAAGAUACUACUGUUACAAGAAAAAUCGGGUUGACAGCGUUCGCGAUUGUUCUCAUAUUUUGUAUGUACAAGGUAUCCAGGAUCCAUAUAUCGUUACCUCUGGUCCUAUUCGUGACAAGGCCGUUGUAAACCUGACAUGUUGUUCCUAUCUCCGGAUGUGGCUUUGGGAUACUUCUAAAAGAACAGUCAUGAACUGGAUGAAGAAUGGGAACAACCUGCAGAAUGACGAUAGACAUCUCAUAACAGACCUGAUCAGAGGCAGGGACUAUUUUUGGAAGAGUACUUUGACCACCAUGGACUUUAACGAAGACGACAAGAUAGAUCACUUCUCCUGUAAUAUACAUCUGGAAUACGGAUUAAUGUCUGUCUGGAGUCCUGAAGUUAGUCUAUCAGCAAACUUUUCUCAACUGCUGCACAAACACUACGUUGUGGCUCAGGAAGGAGAAAAUGCCUCACUGAUGUUGGAAGCUCCACGAUCAGAUGGCUGGUUCAGUGUUAAAAACUCGAAAACAGAUCAAAUCUUUUUUUCUGUUGAUGGCAUCAAAGUCAAUGUUUCGUCGUCAUACCGUUCAAAGAUAAAGAUAAGAGGAAUUGUUACCUUCGAUGGCGAUCGGGUCAUAGAAUUCAGCAUCAUGAACACCACAUCAACAGAUGCUGGAUUCAUGACCUGUCACUGGAAGAAUUUCAAUGGUGAACAAUUUGUUUCACAAUGUGGACAGAUGCUUAUCGUGUUACGAAAACCAGCUAAACCAAACAUCAGUGUCACUGUCAGCACAGACAAGAUCGUUUUUACGUGCGAAACCAACUCUUCCAGUUUACCUCAUGACCAUGACAUUUCAAUGAUAUACACGUGGCUCAGAAACGGACAAGUUGUUGAGAAUGGGGGAAGGUACCACUUCUCGGGACACACCAUGGCUGUGACAGAUGUAAGGCAGGAGGACCUGGGCAACUAUUCAUGCCAGGCUACAGAGGAACAAGGCCUGGCUUCAGACUGGAGUGAUACAUCUCCCGAGAUGCUGCCAAAACCUGAAGUUCAAGAACUAACAGUGAAUGGAACAGCACACACAACUGUGAAAGACAGUCAAGUUGUCGUCUUCAGGUGUACAGUUGAUGGUUAUUCAUCCCAGGUUGUAUAUCUUAUUCAGGAAAGCAGCUUGGCAACAGUAAAUAUGUCCAGAAAACAACAGAAUGUGUAUGAACAUGCUAUGGUUGUAAGGACGUGUUCCCAACUUGGAGUGUACUUUUGUAGCACCACAAGUGUUGCUGGCACAGUAGAAGAGAAACAACAUGCAGUUGUCUUGAACGGAAUGCCACAACAACAAGCAUCAAAUGUGUUUGUAACCUACGGAAAACCUCCAUCAGUCACAAUCAGGCUUACACUGUGUUCAUACCCAGGACCUUCAAAAACAAAAUGGCGUUUCACACAGUCUGGAAAUCUAAGAGACAUCACUGACAUGACAAAGUAUCAUCUGGCAGCCAAGAAUAAAAAACACAAUGUGUUUGACUAUUCGCUUGUAAUUAAUAGUAUCAGCGAUGUAGACUUCGGGGCAUAUAUAUUCAGUGUUGAGUAUAAUGAAACGACAUUCGAUUUCUUCAUUCCUGCAUCCAAACCAUUAGAGGCGAGCCUUCCUCUUGUUGUUGGCUGUUCUGUUGGGGCUGUGAUUAUAACCAUCGUCGUAACUGCUGGUGUGAUACUUUCUCGUCUCAAACAGUUCAGAGACUACUGGAAUUUGAAGUUACGCCGAUCGCACAUCACACCAAUGCAAAAUAUGUCAGAAAAUAUUGAAUAUCGGGGAUAUGCUGAAAUUGACGAUGCUGGUAUAUCUGAACAUGACACUGAUAACACUAUGCAGCCUGUUGUUACCAUCCCGGGUGAUGACAACAUUCCAUCUGCAUCUGGUUCAAGAAACGAGAGAGAAAUAGAAACUAUAGAACUAAGCUCCGGGAGAGUGGAUGAGGAUGAGGAUGGGGAAUACGAAGAAGUGAGACCACUACAGACUACCAGCUGUGAGGCACAAGAUGAACAAGAAACGAGUGCUCAAGUGCAGCAACAUGACAACAUUGAGGAAGUCGUUAAAAGUGAGAUGAUCAUGUCGGUGCCUGGCUCCAGCCCUCAUUCAACAUCCAGUAGUGAUGUUACAGAUGUAUCGGCUGAUGGAAAAGCAUCUGGAGAUAUGGCAGUAGGGAUUAUUACUGUGUUUGCAGAAACAAGUUUUAUCACCCAUGAAGCUAAUGAAACAUUGAAUGCUCCUGUCAUUAAUGUUGGUAUGGAACAGUUACCUGCGACCAUGGAAAUGUCUUCUGAUAUGAAGAUGGAAGCAAACACUACAGUAGCAGAUGAGACCUUAAUUGAAGGAAGAGAGGAUGAUGCUGACAUUGCACCAGGUGGAUUAACUGACAACAGGUAUGACAGUCUGAUGCCACACCCUCCUCUGGAUAGUUACACAGCUUUGGAAACUGUUGAUGAUAUAAUGUAUGAUUAGUACUUCGCAUUUCGGCGGAUCGUGUGGCACAGUCCUCUGAGGUGCCGCAAUUGCCACUAGAAAUCUGUGGUAGUGGAUUCGAAACCCGGUUCGCCCUCAUUAUGUUUCAAAGUUCCGAUGCCUAUAUCACUUCGGGCUUUCCUCUCAUAUUAAGCUAAUAUAACUGAAAUACUGUUAAAAGGUGCAUUAAAACAACUCACUCAAUCUGGCUAUAUUUCCAAAUAUGACGUUUUGAAAGCUGAGUUGUUUAGCAUAAUGAAGAACACUUUCAUACCUCAUUGCCCUCUUGCUUAAUAAAUUGUCAUUGUAAAUAACUCUGAUAGUGAUCUUAAAAUUGUGAAAUUGAUAAUGUUUCCCUGAUUAGAAUGUUGAAUAGUUCUGUUCUAUCACAUAAUUUCCAGAAUAAACAGUUGAUUUGUAGGUCGACAGGGAUAUCCAUAAAGUGAACUCUAAGAGCGGUAAGGCUUUCCUAGUUGUGUAAGGGUUCCAUAAAAAAUAUUGAUUUUAGUUUCACUUUUUAGGAACCAGUUUUACAGAAAUCCAGUCAAUAGAUACUUUAGCUUUGCUACUGGCUGUCGUUUGCAUUCGGGUAUUCCUUCUGAUUACGGGGAAUUGCGGAUACGCAAACACGUUUCGUUAAGGAGGCUCUUUAGUUGCUUUUUGUAUGUUACACAUGUUCUAACGGUUAUUUUGAUGUGUUGAUUGGCAUGAUACUAUUUGGAUUUGCCUAAGCAUCAUUCAUAUAAGUUACUUCUUUUGCAAAACUAAAUUUAAUUAACAUAUAUGCAACCACAUGAUUUCUUGAUAUGUACGUGUAUAGUUGUGUAAAUAUUUGUCACGCCCAGGGGUCUUUGCUCUGAUCUUAAAACGCUUUGAUUAAUCAUACUUAUAUACAUAUGUGACAUAACGGUUCCGUUUGAUUCGUUUACAAAAUAGUAUACCAUGGCAGCAAUGAACAACUCAGGUUGAAGUAUAUCAAAGAUUUCGAGAUUAUCACCAAACGUUUAGAUAUCAACUCUAAUUUGAGAAAAGUAUACUUGUUCACAGAAACCAUAUGCAAUGAUUGCUUCUGGUAACCACCAUACAAUAUGAAAAUAUAUUGUUUUUUAGAUCUCGAAAGCGUUUGAACGCAUAAAGAAGCAUUGAGAAUUGAGCAUCACAUUUGGUUGACUUGGUAAAAUGUUUAAAUUGUGAAUGUAAUGGACCUCACACAAAAGUCAGAUUUGGCUUUUUUCGAUCGCACACAAAUGUCACACAAGGUAAUAAUGAUUUCAUAGUUGAGGUAAAAUGUUGCCUGUUAUGUUUUAGAGUGUUUUUUGUGUUUCAGUACACUUAAUUUAUAUCCUCGAAAUCAGAUAAAAUCAGUAACUGGCGUCGACAAGACGACAGAGUGCAUUGUAUCCUCAGUUGUGCUUUUUGCAUUUUAAGAAUAAAAUGUACAAAUACAUGUCUUUUUUUAUUCAAAUAUUACCAAGCGUUAUUGACAAUCUACAUUUUGUAGCUUGAAUAGAUUACAUUACACACAACGCAUUACUGGGUAGUCAUGGUUUUUGAUUACGCCUAACCUUGCUUGUAUAUGCGCACCAAAAUACACAAUGCCUCUGGUGAGCCACGUGGUAGGCUUUCUUUGCUCUAAAUGGUAUUUGUAUAUGAUUAUUUUGAUAUUUGCAAUUAUCAAAACACUCAUAAUGAGCCGUCUCCAUUUUCAAUUUAGAUUUAUGCGAUUGUACUUAAUCCGUCAAAAAGCCAAAUACAAAUUUACUGCAUUUACAGUAUGUUUCUGGAUUAA